ACAACUACUACUACUUAUAUCAAUAUUAUUGUCAACAUCAACAACCACUAUUAUAUCCACGGUGGUCAGCCGUCACUUUGACGGAUAAUACAUACACAUGCUGCUAAUGUACUCCAAUGAGCCAAUGUUUUGAAUAUCUGAAUUAUUAAAAACGGAUAAAUUUAUAUGGACAGCUAUGUAGGUACAUAUAGCUUACCUACAUGUGCCUACGUACCUAUAGAUAACUUGGCGUAGUAGUGAUGGCACAACGAGGCAAGCGAAUAAACAAAAACGAUAAUGACUUGGCUUCCUGCCCGGCCGCGGUUAAAAGACGCAAAUGCAAAUUGGGCCCAACAGCCGCGGGUACAUCGUCUGUGGUAUCAACUAUUGGGCCCUCCGAAGAGGAAGAAACGAUGGCGAUUGUACCGUCAAAUGUUGGAGCCAGUGCUACUGGUACUGGUACAACUGGGGCUGGAAGUUUCGGUGCAAGUGCAAGUGCCGGUAGUAGUGCCGCUGGGAGCAGUGGUGCAGGUGCCGGGUCUUCUGGAGCCUCUUGGACUUCUCGGCCGCUUGCUGAUAUCAAAAGUAUAUACAAUCGUGCAACUAACGAAAUUCCCGCUGAAUUAUUUCGUAAAGACUUGAUAAGUGCGAUGAAAUUACCUGACAGUGAACCUCUUAGUCUUAAUGAGUAUUGGGUUAUUACUGAUCAGUGGAAACAGGAGUGGGAACGUGGUGUUCAGGUCCCUGUUAAUCCCGAUUCACUUCCAGAGCCUACCGUUACUGUCACCCAGCAAUCGAGUAGUAAUAAACCUCAUGGGGAAUUUAAAUUACCUAAAAAAUUUAUCAGAAUAUCCCGUGAUGAUUCUUUCAAUCCCGACGAACAUCACUUGAGCACAACUCCAGCGAAGGCUGAAAAGGCUUGUGCUUACGAUCUCGACGACACUGAUAUCGCUUGGCUGGAGGUAUUAAACGGAGAACGAGCUCAGGCGGGCCAACCAGCGAUAACAGAGCCGCAACUCGAGCGAGUGAUCGAAGAGCUGGAGGUGCGCUGUUGGGAACGAAUCCAGACAAUAGUAAAAAACGAGGAGGGUCUGGGAAUAGAGUUUGACGAGAACGUAAUAUGUGAUGUGUGCAGAUCCCCGGACUCUGAAGAGAAUAACGAGAUGGUAUUCUGUGACUUUUGUAAUAUAUGCGUUCACCAAGCAUGCUACGGUAUCACCUCGAUACCGGACGGCUCUUGGCUGUGUCGAACUUGCUCUCUAAGUCAGCGGCCAGACUGCGUGUUAUGUCCGAACAAAGGUGGUGCAAUGAAAAGUACACGUAGCGGUCAAAAAUGGGCGCACGUAUCAUGUGCGCUGUGGAUCCCCGAGGUAAGCAUCGGUUGUGUCGAGCGUAUGGAGCCGAUCACUAAAAUAUCCAGUAUUCCACAAAGCAGAUGGGCACUUAUUUGCGUGCUGUGUCGUGAGCGCGUAGGUGCUUGUAUUCAAUGCAGUAUAAAGACCUGCAAAACAGCGUACCACGUGACGUGUGCGUUUAAAUCCGGGCUCGAGAUGAAGGCAAUUAUCGAGGACGAGCAGGCAGACGACGGGGUUAAAUUAAGGUCUUACUGUCUCAAGCACGGGAGGAUAAAUAAUAAAGACAAAGUUGGUGUUGGCGGCAGUAGUACUGGUGAUAAAGCUGGCUCAGAUUCUGACGAGCCCGGGGAUACCCGGAACAAGCGUAAGCGUAAAGACAUGACAUCUGAGGAAAAAAAUCAGGCACGUGCUGCUAAAUUGCAGGAAAUAGAGGCUGAAUUUGAUAAACACGUUGUAUUAAAAGACAUUACUUGCCAGCAAUUAGACGUUGAUACCGAUGCAAUAACUUAUAUUUAUAAUUAUUGGAAAUUAAAAAGACGUGCUGGUCAUAAUAAACCAUUAUUAGCCCCGCGUUGUGGUGAGCUAUCGAGUGCCGGUGCUCGGGCUCAAGGUCAGGCUGCUGAUCUUGAAAAAAUGCGGACGUUUGUACAAUUAAGGCAAGAUUUAGAGCGUGUGCGUAAUCUCUGUUAUAUGGUUAAUAGACGUGAAAAAUUGUGUAGGUCAUUUUUAAAGCUACGCGAACAAACAUUUCAUAAGCAAGCCGCUGUUUUGUCUAAUAAUCCAUCAUUACCACCCGCUGCUGUAGCUGCUGUUAUUGAAGCUAAUCACGGUCCGUCUAUUUACGAUCGUCUUUAUUCUCACUCGGACGUUGAAGAUCAUACACGUGACUUUGAUACGAUAGUUGCACGUAUUAGGGGUAUUAAAUCACCAACACCGGUGUCAAGUGACGAGAAAAAACCUAUGACUGAUUUUAAUGGUGCGUCUAAUAAGAAAUUUUACUUUAAUGGUAAUGUAAGACGAAAAGAUAUUUGCAAUAGUGAAUUAUCCUCUAUGAGUGGUAGUGAGCUUGAUACUGCUAAACCUACUGUUAAAUCAUUAACGUCCACUACAAGUAAAAAUUCUUCCUCUUCUAAUAAAAAUUCCGCGAGAAAUAAAAUAGAAACGGAGUCGAGUUCGGAGGAUGAGCCUGUUAAUUCUAAUAAUAAAAAAUCGGUUAAAGUAACAAGACGUAGAACGAAAAAGACAACAAGUAUUGCUAGUCGGCCCAGGCCAGCAGCACCCAAUAGCAGUGAAAGUGAUAAUAAACAGGGUAAUAAUUCUAAUGCAAGAUCUCGAACGUUAGAGCAUAUGGAAAAAGAACUUACUGGAAGUGGUAGUGAUAGCGAUGAAUUAUAUUCAUUGAAUAAAAAUACUAGUGGACCUUCUGUUGCUGCUAAUAUUUAUUCUGACACUGAUUCUGAUUCUCAGGAUCGCAGUAGAUCUGUCACUGCGCCUUUUAUCAGUAAAGCUGCUGUUAAACAAUUUUCAGCUGCGGAUAUUUCUAAAAAUACUACAUCUAAAGGUUUUAAUAAAGAUUCUAAGGAUGAAUCCGCAGAAACUAGCAAUAAAGAGAAUGUUAAAGGUAAGAAAAAGGAAAAAGAGUAUAUUCCUUCUGCGUUAAUUGUUCCUCAACGACAGGCAGCUAAAAAAGCUUCUGAAAUAAUGCAGCGCUCGCAGAAUAAAAAGGAAACUCCUGCUGAGCCACUGGAAUCGCAGAUUAAAUCUCCAGUUGAGGAGAAAAAUUUGAAGGUUAAAGAAAAAAGUGUUGUUAAGAAACCCAGGGAUGGUAAAUUACAUCAUAAAGAUUCUAAGAACAAUGAUAUUUAUGAUUUUGAUAAAGAGAAAGAGUUUGGAGAUCCCAGUGAGAUUUUGGCGUAUGUUCCUCAAAGACAAGCGGCUAAAAAAGCCGCUGAGCAUAUUAAAAGCGGCUUGGGAACCAAACCUGCUCCUCCAGUGGACAAUUCUGAUGUCUCAGAAGCUAAGAAUAAAAUUAAGGAGUCUCCAGAGGGGAAAUUAAAGAAGGAAAUUGUUAAGAAAGAGGAACCGAAGAAAUCUCAGCCGGAGAGUAAAACUUCUUCGAGUACUAACAGUGACUCGAGUAGCAGCAAUAGUUGCAGCAGUUCUUCAGACUCUAGCAGCGACUCGGAUGACCAAGAGGUGGUCAAGAGCUCCGUGAGAUCGCCGAAGAAGAAAGAACAGUCUUCGUCGUCAACUUCCUCCGAGAGCGAUAUUAGUAAUCGUUCUUCUAAAGUAUUAUCGAGUAGUAAAAGGCAAAGUGGUAAUAAUAAUAGUAGUGGUAGUAGUGGUAGCAGUAGAACUACGACUACUACGACGACUACGACCAGUGAUGACGCCGCUGAAAGUCAGGAUAAAAAGACAACGGCUGGGCGGAAACUCAAGAAGCUGCCUGAUAAGAAGCUUAAAACUUCCGACGGGCGGCAUGGAUCCGAGUUUCCACCGCCGCCUGCUGAGAGAAAAGAAUCAUCAAUUAGAACAACCUCAGUGUCUAAAGAUCCAAACCAAUCAAGGCAGUCAUUUACCAAACAUAAAAAACCAGAUCAAAGAGUGUCGGCUGGUACUGUCUCAGGUAAAAAGUUAUCUCAGCAACAGCAGCAGCAACAGCAACAGCAACAGCAACAGCAACAGCAACAGCAACACAGGGUCCACCAGCAAGCAACCUCAGUUGCAGUCUCUUCAGGAAAUACCCAAGAUUUGCUCAGUGGGUCCAGAGAUAAUGAUGGGCCGCGAGGUCCUGCUCGGGCCAAGGGUAAAAAGACCACAAGCAGUCAGCCCUCUGGUAAAUCUCAAACGCAAAAUCAGUCUCAGCAACGAGAAUCACACUCGCAGCAACAACAGCAACAGCAGCAGCAGCAGCAGCAAGCCAGUGGCAAGUGUAAUAAAAAGGAGGAAGAAAUUACGACCCCCACGAAGGUUAAGCCUGAAGCACGCAAACGAAAAUCUAGCGAAGCUACUAAAGAAGACAAAGUUAGUAAAAAUGCGGCUUCGCUCAGGAAGAAUGAUAAGAGGCUGAGUAAUGAUAAAUUGAGUAAAAGUAAAGAUGAGUCGGGUAAUAUUGAUGAUACUCGGGAUUCUUCGGAAGAUUUAGCUAAAAUUGAGGGGAAAAAUAUUAGUACGUCUGCUGUUUCAGGGAAAAUAAGUGAGACUAAGUUGCUGGAGGCGCCUAAAGAGGAGCAGAAAAUUAAAAAGGGUAAUAAGAGUCCGGUUCAUUUGUUGCUUUUGGAAGAAGAAAUGAAACAGCGAAGAGCCGAAAGGGAUAGUCCGAAAAAGUCUUCGAAGAAUUUGGAUAAAUUUUUGGAAAAGCGAGAGCAUCUUGAUAAACUUUUCAAAGCUAAAUCUGAAAAGAAGGUUCCUGAGGUGCAGGAUAAAGAAAUUGAUAAGGUAACUAUCGAUAGGGAGGAUAGGGUAAUGAGUCAGGAGAGAGAAAGGGAUAAGGGGCGGAAGAAUCAUGCUAGUGAAGAGAUUAUUGAAGUAAUACCUAGUGAAAAAAUAGUAGAUCCGCCGAGAAUUGAUGGUGAUAUUGAGUUGGAUGUUACUGAGGUUUGUAGGGUUGGUAAGAAGAACGAAAAUCCUAAUGAGCGACUGGAGCCUUGUAAUUUAGGAGACAAGCCAUCAGUAGUAGUUGAAGAAGUCUUUCAAAAAUCUCACUCUGACAAGCCUAGUGAAGAUAAAGACCCUGCGAUUCCCAAAAGGAAAAAGUCUAUCAACAGGUCGAUAUUUUCUCCUCCUCACGGUCAGUCUAAGGACCAGAGCGACUCGGACUUUUUUGAGUUCGGGCAAGCUCUUUUGAACGAGAAGAUAAACGACGAUGACGGGUUUACAAUUCCUACGGAUCCUGAAGAGCGUCAGCAACACGUGGCCUUUUCAUUUACCAACACUGAUGUUUGUAAUAUGUGGCUGAAGGAGGAGAAGGAGGACAGCGCUAGGGAAGAAACUCUUGAUCUUGUAAGGUCGCUCAGGAUGAACAUGUGUAACAAAUCAAACUCCAGCCAACAAGACGCCGAGAAUGACUCUAAUAAUGAUAAUAAUAAAAAAGAGGUAGAUCAAAAGAAGCCGGAAAUUAUUGAGGUAAAUUCUCAGCCAGUUGUUCCAACAAUUGAGUUGAAUUUAAAGGACCAAGAGCAAGCUCUAGAGCCAACCGAGGUGUGCAAAAAUGACGAUAAAAGAAAGCAGAGUUACACUAGCAAUAAUGACACCUUUGGCCCAGCUUAUGGCGAUGAAAAUUUAGGCUCUAAAGUUAGCAUUGACGACUGUUCAAAAUUAAACCGCGCUGAAUCUGAUGGACGUUGCGUUCCACCAAGUAAUUUGGAUAGUUUUGAUUUGAAUGAAGUCCCGCAUUUGAACCACUUGAUAGCGAGUCAGAAUCAUAGAUUUGCAAGCCAUCCUUUCACGAAUGUGAAUGACAUUGGCUCGGUGAUGCAUGACACUUCUGAGCUAGUUCACUCUCAAAUUAACACUAUAGACCAAUAUCCACAGAUUCUCCAGCAACAACAGCAACAACAGCAACAACAGCAACAACAGCAUCAGCAGCAACACCAGCAUCAACAUCCGUUCUCCCGGAGCCACUUGGAGCAAAUUGACUCCAGGUUGCAAUCGCAACUCCAGGUCCCGAUGAUGAACCAGGGAUUCUUACCAGGACCUAUUGGUGAGAACAUACCAAUGGAGAUGGUCAGCAGGCAUUUAAUGCCUGGUAUAGAAGAAGAUCCCCAGAACAACGACAUAGACAGGGGAUUAGAGAAGGACGACGGAUCCUCUGAUAUGAGACAAGAUUACACCCAGUGCAGCUCGCCGUACAACGACCUUCCUAGUGUGAGACCUGACACCAGGUGGGAAGAGAGCCAGGUUCUUCCUUCCAGAAGGUCAACCUCCUCCUCGAUAACCUCCGCGUCUUCUACGGAAGAGCACGUGGCCAUGCCGCCGUACAAGAACAUGCCCUCGAUGCCGUUCCCUCCUGGAAGCCUGGAGAGUGGUCCUUACCAUCUGUACCCCGAUGGAAACACCUACGCGCCACCUGUGUCGCUGUUUCCACCCCAGAAUUGUCCCACGUCGUUGUCUUACCCCGCAACAGGCACCGCGAUGUUUGCGACAGCCUUUGGAGCUGCUUUUCCAAGUGGGCAAAAUAUUCUGCCACAUGUUCCAAAGCCUCUGGAAGACUCUCUUAAUAUUCAAGCCUCGCCUUGUACUGCUGCGUUUACUUCCUCGUCUCACAACAUGGCGCUCACUGCUGCUAUGGUGUCUCCCACGAAAAUACCUACACCUCCUCCUCCUCCUCCUCCUCCUUCUGUCCAGAAUUUAUUGCCUCCAGUUGAACAGCAGCAGCAGCAGCAACAGCAGCAGCAGCAGCAGCAGCAAGAGCAGCAGCAAGAGCAGGAGCAGGAGCAGGAGCAGGAGCAGAAUGAACAUCAACAAGAACCAACCCAAACUCAGGUAGAAUCUCCAGCAGUUUGCACCCCGAUGAUCUUCAUGGACAACAGAAGUGUCCCUGAAGCUCAACCAGUUGUCUCUGAAACUGCGGAGACUGUUCCUGAAGACGUCCAGCACUCUGGAGCUACUCCAGGUCAGAAAACCCCGUCUCACGGAAAGAAGAGUCCUUCCAAACCAACGAGAACUUCAGCAAGAGUUACUUCUCUUCAAGGAAAAUCACCCGGAAAAUCUCCCAGGCAAGAAGCUAAAGUUACUGGAACCUCCAGGUCCAGAGGAAGAGGCGGGAAAGGAACUCAACAAAAUAAUCGUGGAAGAGGAAGAGGAAGAGGCAGAGGCAGAGGGAAGAAUAAUCAAAAUGUCUGCUUAACUCCGCUGGUUAAUUUAAGCAGCUCUUUUAUCAGCGACGACUCGAUACAAAAUAAACUCCUGGGGACUGUUUAUGACUUUGACUCUGAUGAAGAUUCCACUAAUGAGACUAACAUCGCGGAUCUUAAGACCAUGCGGGAGAGAAAGAAGUCUACUGAUGUUACUGAGAAACGGGAGAGCUCUUUAGCUCUAGCUAAAGACAACGCGUUGCAGAGUUUGUCUAGUCCAACUGUGCAUAAAACAAAGCGAGUUACUGCUUCUCCAUCACCACCUCAGACUCCUCCAGUGUUCUCCAAAGAAUCUGAAGAAAUUUACAACAACGACGCUGUCUUUCCGGUUAUUCCAGGCCCGGUGGAUAUGAGGACCUACAAUUCUACCGUAGAAGGCCAAGCUUCUUUUUUACAUGGUCAGUCUUAUGCUAAUCAUCUGAUUUGUUCCUUCAGCGGCGCUGCGGCAGAUAAUACUUUGCCGGAUAUUGAGGAAGAAUUGAGUGCUUUGCACUCUGACCUUGCCUCCAAGUCAGUUUUCAAUUCUAAUACCGUAGAUCCUAAUGAUCCUAACGCUGAUUUGUCAUCAGGAGUCAGUGAUAUCACCAAGAUGUCAUUGAGUGAUUCUAGGAACCAAUUGAAGGUUAAGAUCAAGGGACCAUUUGCUAAUUACGUAGCUUCGACUUCUGUUAAUCAAUUGGUGCCUCAAGCGCCGACUAUUCCUCCAGUUAGUGUCUCAAUGACUUCUGGGACGUCUAAUUUAAGGAGAAUGAGAAAGAAGGAGCUCCUGAGGCAGUAUGUCUCGCAAGAUAUGAAUAUGGAGGAUCCUACGGAAAAGAUUACUUCUGUACCGAUUAUACAGCCGAUAAAUAGGACUGUUAUUACUAUUCCCAAGGCUGUGGCUUCUAUGACCAGCAUUCCUACUAGAGAAGACUAUAAGGCUGUUGUUGAUAUGGUUAAUAUGGAGAAGAAGAGAAGGAAGGAAAGAAGUGGAGGGAUUAAUGAGAUUGAUGAAGAUAAUACGGAUAGAAGAAGGCUUGCGGGGACUAGUGCUGAUAGGAGACGUGGUCGUCAACCCAAACCUCCUGCUGCGGCUCCUAAUAGUGGGCCUCCUAAGUUGAAGAUUAAAAUCAGUACUGGUGUCGUUGCUCAGGAUGUUGGUGGUUCUGAAGCUAGGAUUAGACCUCCGAAGAAAAGGCUGAGUAAUAUGCAGAAUAAACCUAGUAUUGAGGAGCUUAAAAGAGAGAGCAUGAAGUUCAGGAAGAUGAUCAUGGCUGACUUUGCGGAUGAUGAUGCGCCUCAGGAGAAGAGUAAGAAGGAUAAGAAUGGGAAGAAAAGGAAGAAACAGCGGGGAAAGGAGAGCAGGGUUCAGAUUCUUGAUGAGGGAAAUUCUUCUACUACUCCUAAGCUUAUUAUCAAGCUUAAAAAGACUCCUAAUGAGGCUUCUGAAGCUUGUGGCAGUAAUAAUGAACGCGUUACUCAGUCAGAGGAUAAUUUGGAUAAAAGUGGGAAGGCUAAAGAUGAUUCGGGGUAUCAGGAUAAUAAUUCGAGCGCUGAAAAAGCCUCCGGUGAUCCCGCAGCUGCUACUAAUUCUCUUGAUAAUGUUAAAUCUGUUAAAGUUACACCGAUUAGGUUAAAACUUACGCGUUGUCAUGAAGGUUAUGAGCUAAAAGCACCCGCUGGGAGUGUUGAUAAUAAGGCUAGAAAGGAAAAUUCUGUUGAUAAGUUGAGUGGAGAAGGAGAUAUUGAGGGGAGAGACAAUGAAAGAGUUGGAAAUCAACAGCAGGAUAAAGAAGAUGAUAAGCCUUCCAAAUCAGAGGAUCUUAAUAUUCUCAGUACGGCCAACGCGGCCAGUCAUUCACCCGGUUGUCCGCCUGCACCUCUACCCCAAGGAUGCCAAGUUAGGUGAUAAUUAAUUUUAAUUGUAUAAAAUACAGUAAUAUUAAUGGCUCUUUACUAGGUUUAUAUUAUA